AUGGCGUCUCCAGUCCCCUCGAUGAGCGCACUGCGCGUCCUCCGACAAUCGAUACAGCCUCAGGUACAUCAGACGACCCAAGUACGACAUGCGACGCUUCUCCGCCGGCCAAAGCGACCCUACACCUUCACCCAACUUAUAACCCUCUCCGACGGCAGCUCAUUUACCCUACGAACCACGAAUCCACAGCCAGUAUACAAGAGCGCAAAGGAUAUACGGAACUCGCCACUAUGGAAUCCGAGUUCACAGAAACUACUGAACGUCGAGGAGGACGAGGCUGGAAGAUUGGCCUCUUUCAGAACAAAGUUUGGCCGAGCAUGGGAUGCUGAAACUGAUGCUGAAAAGGGCAAGCAGACGGAGGACCAUUUUCUAGAUCUCAUCAGCAGCCAAGGCAAGCCGCCAGGAAAACCGACCGAUGCCACCAAGUCACCACCUGCCAAAGCGCCUGCAUCUACGCCUGAGAAGCCAGCUGCAAAGAAAUAA